AUGCGCCCGUUGCGAGACCUGUACACGUUCUACGACCCGGCGACCCGCGUUUGGCGCGGUCUACCGACUCCACCGUUGCUGAACCCGGACCAAGGUCUCGGCCAGCUGAUCCUCGGAAUGCUCGCGCGGAAUCCCAGCAAAGUGGUUCAAAUUAGUGCGGACAGUGGAGUUGAGGUUACCGGAGGUGAGAUGUACCUGCGGACGGUUCGGGUCGCGCAGAACCUGAUCAAGUUGGGGCUCGGGAAUCCCAGGGACAUCUACGCGAUGGCCGUUCGCAACGGCGAGCAUACGGCACCGGUCGCGUUUGCCUGCUUUGCGCUGGGAAUCCCCGUUAAUACCAUGGAUCCCAGCUUUCAACGGGACGAUCUGGGUCACAUCCUGGCGAUCGUUAAGCCCAAGCUGGUAUUUUGUGACAGCGAAACGCUUGGUGAGUUGACAGCGGCUUGCGAGUUGACGGGUGUCACUCCCAAGGUGAUCGUACUGGGCGAUAAGAUCGCCGGAUACACUCACGUUGAAGAUCUGCUCGUGCCAACCGGGAUCGAGGACAGUUUCGUCCCCGUCAACAUCGAAACCCCAAACAACCAACCCGCCGUCCUAGUCUGCUCCUCCGGCACCACCGGUCGCUCCAAAGCCGUCUCGCUGUCCCACUCGAUCUGCAUCGCUCACGUGGCCAGCUUUUACCUCCUCCAAACCGACGACGUCAUCUUCGCGUACAGUUCCCUCUACUGGCUGUCCGGGUUGAUCAUGCUGCUGGCCGGAACGGCCCUAGGUGCAACGAGGAUCAUCACCCGCGAUACCUUCACCGUGCCGCGCACGCUGGACAUCAUCCAGCGGUACCGGGUGUCGGCCGUGAUCGUGCCACCGUCGCAAGCGUGGGCGAUCGCGAACGAUCCGGCGGCGUCGGUGAGUGCCCUGGCCAGCUUGCGGCUGCCGAUGUGUGGAGGGAGUGCGGUGUCGGCGAGCUUGAAGCAGGCGUUCGAUCGGCUUAUUCCGGGACGAUCGUUGGAGGUUAUGUACGGGUUUUCGGAGAUUUCUACCGCGGUGAGUUACACCAAGGGGGAGUUUUACCGGGAUGGAAGUGUGGGCUUUGCGGGACCAAGGAUGGAGAUCAAGAUUGUGGAUGACGGUGGGGUUACGCUUGGGAUUGGGCAGGAAGGGGAGAUCCUGGUCAGGACCAAGUAUGUGUUCUUGGGGUAUUACGGGAAUGAUGGGGCUACCAGGGAAAUGCUGGACGAUGAAGGUUGGAUGCAUUCCGGGGACAUUGGACGGUUCGACGAGGACGGGCUGUUGUACGUGGUGGAUCGCAAGAAGGACCUGAUCAAGUACCGGAACUACCAGAUAUCUCCGAGUGACGUGGAAGCUGUUCUGCAGAGUAUUUGCGGUGGGGCUACCGUGUGCGUCGUUGGACUCCCUACGGAAACCGGGGACGAUCUGGUAACGGCUUUGGUAGUCCAAAAUCCCAAGUCAGCUGUCCCGCUUGACAGUGAUCUUGUACUGAAGGAGGCGGAGAAGCGCCUUCCAAACUACAAACACCUUCGAGGUGGAGUCCACUUUGUAGAUCAGCUACCAAUGACUCCCUCGGGAAAGAUUGUUCGGGUAUUAGCUAAGAAGAUGAUUCUCGAAAAAAGUUUGAAAUAAACAGUUC